ACAGUUGAGUUCAAGAUGGAUGUUUCUGAUGAAAGCAUCAAACAGGAAGCUAUGAGAGUUGUCUGGAUGUUUUCAGGAGUUACUUUCGUAGACAUCAAGGAAAAAGGUAUACUAAAGGUGAAGGGGAUAUUUGAUAAGAUUGAAAUGGGGAGCAAACUACAAGAGAUUGAUAAAUCUGUUGACAUAAUCAAUCAAAUGGGUAAACCGGGGCAAAGUCGCAUUCCGGGUUUAAGUACAGUCUACAGUUAUCUUACUACUCCAAAAAUUCAGGAGAUACUUUUAUUCAAGUUUAAGGUUCUUGAUGAUAUCAAGAAACGUGAUGCUAUGAAAGUUAUCUGGGAGUUUUCAGGAAUCACUUCGGUAGAGGUCAAGGGAGAUGAUCAACUAGAGGUGAAGGGAGGAGAAUUUAAUAAAAUCGCAAUGUCGACGAAAGUAAAGGACAUAGAUGAAUUCGUUAGCGUUAUCAUCAAGGCUGGACCAGAAGUACAAGUUGGUGGGACAAAGAUCAACAAUAGAUUAUCUUUCGAUAUGCCGCCUACGCAUAUACCUGUUCAUGCGAGUGUGCCUAAGCCUGCUCCUGCGCCUACGCCUGCUCCUGCUCCUGCUCCUGCUCCUGCUCCUGUGCGUAGGAUUUAUGUGCCUGUUAAAACUUCAAUUUGGACAAGGACAAAAAGAUGCUUUCGACCAUUUUCCCGGUGCCUUUGUCGAUAA